UGUAGUUUGUCCAUUGAUAAAAACAGGAGAUCUCCCAAUGAAUUUGGGAGCUAUAAAAAUUUUAACUCGUGUCAUUGAACACACUACGCAAGAUAUUUUAGAACCACAUCUGAAAGAAAUAAUGGAAAGUCUCAUCAAAGCAUAUGAUAAUGAAGAAAGUUCUGUGAGGAAAUCUGCUGUAUUUUGUAUGGUAGAAUUACAUGGUAUUGUUGGAGAGGCAGUUUUGCAACCGCAUUUAGCUAGCUUAAACAACAGUAAGCUGAAGCUGCUUCACUUGUAUAUCAAACGAUCGCACCAUGGUGGUUCGAGUGGCAUCACUUCACCAAAACCCACAACGUCGUGAAACUUUUAAUACUCGUUAAUUUCAGCUUUAAUGUAUUCUAUCAUUCCAGUGCUUGUCAAUUUUUUUAACAAAACAGAGUUUUCCAGUUA